AUGAAUAAAAGGCACACGACGCCCAAGACAUCCAUACGGAAGGCUUUAAAGGAUCUUAACGCCUCCAAGAAGACCCUCCCACCAGUCCAAACAACACACCAAUUGAAUGCUGGCCCAUCACAAGCAUCUUAUGGGAGAGGUUCCGCAGUGCCCAAGGCUAAUAAAGAAACCCCGGCGGUGCUGCUCUCCAAAGCUGGCUCCAAAACUGGUUCUAACACCGGCCCCCAGGACGCGAGAAUGGAGUUUAACGGUAUUCUCAAAGACAUCAGGGAAAUUAGCCUGCCCCUCCUGGAUAAACGAGCGAGGAAGAUUUACAUGGACGCCAAGAUCUGCGCUCUCGGCGGAAAGUUGAGAAAAGAAAGUAGACUACCGUUGCCGGAAUAUUUGAGGCAGAAGGAAUGUCAUGAAAACAAAAUUCUGCGACGGAAAGAACAGGAAAGGGAAACCAAUAUACGUUCGUUGACAACGGAAGCCAUGAGCUACCGUGAGAUACUGCGCAAGAAAAAAGAGCGCGUCCAACGAAUCAAGACAAGCAAGGUAAAAUUGUACUAA